AUGGCAGCGGCUCGAUUUAUACGUUUUUUCAGCCGGCGACAAACGAAAAAUCAUGCAACAACAUUGAACGAUGAGACCAUUCAACAAAAUAAUACGAAAUUUCGUCCGAAUCUAUUGAACUCGAAUGGUAAAAUCCAUUCCAUCGGCAAACAUCAACCCACGAAUCCGAUUAAAAACGGUCUGGUUUGUACCGUUGUUUUUCUCGAUGGCGAUGAUGUCAAUUUCGAAGUUGAUCGUAAAGCGCUUGGAAAAUGUUUAUACGAUCGAGUGAUUGCACAUACAAAACUAAUUGAACCGGAUUAUUUUGGUUUACAAUUCACUGAUACACAUAAUGUUAAGCAAUGGCUUGAUCCAACAAAAUCGAUUAAAAAACAAUGCAAGAUCGGACCUCCGUAUACAUUUCGAUUGCGUGUCAAAUUCUACACGUCCGAUCCGCAAAAUCUCCAUGAUGAAUUAACACGAUAUUUAUUUGUACUACAACUUAAAGAUGAUAUUAGAACAGGCAAAUUAGAUUGUCCAUCUGGACCAGAUGUUGAAUUAGCUGCAUUAUCGAUGCAAGCUGAAUUAGGUGAUUAUAUUUCAAGUGAACAUUCGGUCGAAACAAUAUCAGAAUUUCGCUUUUUACCUGGUGAUCUACAAACCGAAGAGUUCGAAGCACAACUUCUGCAAAAAUGGGCAACAUACAAAGGGUUAACACCAGCUGAUUGUGAAAUUCAAUAUUUGAAUAAAGCACGAUGGUUGGAAAUGUAUGGCGUUGAUUUGCAUACAGUUAUGGGUAAAGACGGUUUGGAGUACAAACUUGGUUUAACACCAACGGGUAUACUUGUUUUCGAGAAUAAAAUCAAAAUUGGUCUAUUUGUUUGGUCGAAAGUCACACGAAUUGAGUUCAAUCGAAAUAAAUUAACGAUUGUGGUUGUGGAAGAUGAUGAUAAUGAUCCGACGCUACAACGUGAUUUUGUCUUUUUAUUUCGAUGUUAUGAUGAGAAACAAUGCAAACAUUUCUGGAAGUGUGCAAUGGAGUAUCAUAUCUUCUUUCGAACGACAUCGGCAGCGAAAGUUAAACAAGGUGCAAAAUCGAAUUUUGCACGAACUGGGUCAAGAUUUCGAUUCAGCGGUCGAACAGAAUGUCAAGCAGCAACGUUAGGAAAUUUGACUCAUCGUAGUAUGAAUUUCGAGCGCAAAGCUUCGCAACGUUUUUCUCGUCGUGCAUCAUACGCGAUCAGGAAAAAGAUUCAAGAGCAAGAACUUCUACGUGAACAAGAAGAUGAACGUUUGAAGAAACUGAAAUUUGAACAAGAAGCUAAAUUAGACGAAACGAAAAAAUCACCCGAAAAAUCGUUCGAACCAACCAUAAAUCAAAAACGUUCGUCAUCGCAGAAAAACUUGAAUCUUUCGCCAACACAACGGUUAGAAAAUCUUAUUCAAGCUUCAACGAAUGAAACAACAUCUGAAGACAUUGAAUCAAAGAAGAAUGGAGUCAAUCCACCACGUCCGCCACCGAUUCCUCCUCGACAAGGCAAAGCCGAUGAGAAAACUAUCACACCACCACCACCACCAUCAACAUCAUCGGUAUCGAUCCCAAAUAAACAAACAACUUCUUCGAAGAAUGAGAACAAUACAAAAGUUUCCGAAACAUCCAAUGCAAAUCACGAUCAGCCCUUGCUAAUUCAAAUUUCACCGCAAAAAUUACCAUUCAACGAACCUCCCAUCUCAUCUAUUUCUCCAUCGAACGGCAAAGUGAACAGUCCACCUACUCGAUAUACAUUGGCAAAUAGUCAAUCACCGUAUGUUGUCAAGCAGAGUAAUCGAAUAUCGUUACAUGAAAAAUUUCCUAUCGCACUCGAUUUCGUUUCUCAUCCAUCAUACGAUAACAUUAUGAAUUAUUAAUCAACAACAGUAAACUCAAGUUCGAGCAAUAAUCCAAAUUCCUCAAAUUCCCCUGCGCCCGUCAUUGUAACGCGUACAUUGAGCACAUCGAAUGUUCGAAAUGCUUCUUCCACAAUAGUUCAAACCACUCCAACGAAUCUUCAACCACCAUCUUCUAUUCCAAUACCACAUCUUCAUCCUCGAACAUCGCAUCGUACUACAGCAUCACCAUCCAUGGGUCUUGCUGCGCCCUAUCAUCCGAUAACAACAGAAUUAUAA